UAACUUCAUGGGAAAAAAAAUAUUUUUGAGUUCCCAAUCCGAAGUGCUGCAACUGCAAGGGGAAAGAAACGGAAGUGAUGCAGCGUCUGAAAGUGGAAGUGAUGGUGGUAUCACUAUCAGCCUCACGCUACUCUCACGGUUCUGCCUUGCAUUUCAAGUCCAGACGCUUCUCUUCUUCUUCAUGUUCUUGUCUGAAGGUUUCGCCGUGGCGGGGUCUUAAUGAAUGGAGGGAGAGUCCUCUGAACGAGAAUCGCAAGUGGGGAGAGCAUGGUCCUGGUCCUGCUUCAGAACCCCACCGUGACUCUCCAUUUGGGCAAGCUUCUACCUUGGCUGAGAUUGGUUCUAUUGUUCUUUCCACUAGCGACCCUCACUGGAAGUCCCAGCUUUCUCACAUGGCUUACUCCAUGUGGCGCCGCCACAACCUCCCCCUUGGCAUUUCCAAACCCCCCUCUCGCCCCGCCAGACCCCCAAUCCCCCAAUUGGUUUCCCCUAAGGAAAUUCCUGCUCCCAAGGACUCAGGUUUGCCUCUGAAUGCUUAUAUGCUUCAUAAUCUAGCACACGUGGAGCUCAAUGCAAUUGAUUUGGCCUGGGAUACUGUCGUCCGAUUUUCUCCCUAUAGUGAAAUUCUAGGGGAAGGGUUCUUUGCUGACUUUGCUCAUGUUGCUGAUGAUGAGAGCCGCCACUUCUCUUGGUGUGCACAGAGGCUUGCUGAACUGGGUUUUAAAUAUGGUGAUAUGCCAGCCCACAAUUUGCUAUGGAGGGAAUGUGAGAAAUCAUCAGACAAUGUUGCUGCACGUUUGGCUGUGAUCCCACUAGUCCAGGAGGCUAGAGGACUUGAUGCAGGGCCACGCCUGGUAAAAAAAUUAGUUGGCUUUGGAGAUAAUAGGACAUCUAAGAUUGUGGCUAGAAUUGCUGAUGAGGAAGUUGCACAUGUAGCAGUUGGUGUCUACUGGUUUGCUUCUGUCUGUGAAAAACUGAAUUGUGCUCCAGACUCCACUUUUAAAGACUUACUAAAGGAAUACAACGUGGAACUAAAGGGUCCCUUCAAUUAUUCAGCUAGAGAUGAAGCUGGCAUUCCCCGUGAUUGGUAUGAUGAUGCAUCAUCCACAAGCAUUAAGGACAAGAAAGACAAAGAUGGCAAUCAAGAACAGCUCUCUGCAGUUUACAAGAGGCUGGCUUCCAUCAUUGCUAUGGAAAAAGAGAAUUCAAGUUUGACCAAGCCACCUGAAUGAUCUUGACAAAAUAUAAUGAACGAUUGCUAAUUUCAACUGGGAAAGGUAUUAACUGAUAUUGCAAGUUUGAAACUCAUCUCCUCAGCAGCCAACAAGCACAACAGUAUCAUUAUCAUAUACUUGGAAGUGAUAAGGUUUCAUUUCAAAGGUUUGGUGGUGCAAUUCCUUUCCAUUAGCAACCUUGCUUGACUGCAUGUGCUAAUGCAAAUUCUGAAAUUCAAUCCACGCGUCCACCAUUGAUGAGGAGCGUAAGCAGAAACAGGAGACAAAUUAUUCUUUUAUUUUGCGUACAUAGACAGUGAUGUAAAUAGCACAAUGUUUAAUAAUUCAUGAUCGUGUAUUAUCAUUAGAGGCUUAGCGUGACACUGAAGUUGAACGAAGUCAAUGAUAGUUGCUUAGCUUCUUGGAUAGUGUGCCGUGUAAGUGUGUAAGUGUGCGAUAUCCAGGGCAUUGAAUCCUUGUAUUUUUAUUUUUUUUCUGUCAGAUUUAUAACAACUCACAUAUAUUAGGACAUUAAAUCUU